UAGAAAAAGGCCUGUCUCUCACUUCUGUAGGAGCUAUUUUCGGUUGCUAUGACGUCGCCAUGCUUGGCUGCACUCUCCUCAUUGGUUCUCAGUUAUCACGGAUAGGUCCACGGAGAUGCUACUCCAUAGGCCUCAUGGUACUUGGCCUCAGUUCUUUAACCUUUGGUUUUCUUGGAGCGGUGCACUCUGGGGACGUGUUCCUUGGCCUGGGGAUAUCAGUCCGUGUGCUGGAGUCUGUGGGAGCAGCCAUGGCCAUGGUGGCCAACUACGCCAUUGCUGCCAGGGAGUUCAGGAGUAGCUUUGCCGCGACAUUUGGGAUAAUGGAGAUGUUUGCAGGACUUGGGUUCGUCUUGGGUCCCUUGGCAAGUGGCGGUCUCUAUCAACUGGGCGGUUUCGGGCUACCGUUUUACGUUUUUGGACCUAUGUCAGUUAUUUUAGGAAUAUGGGCUGCGUUUUCACUUCCUCCUGAUGAUGCCGGGGUCGACACUUCUUCCCAACAUGGUCAGAUAUUAGAAAUGCUGAAAAAACCUCUUGCCUGGAUAGAAUACUCUGCAAUAUUAAUACCAUCUGUUGGAGUUGGGGCGUUAUUUCCUGCACUAGCACAGCACCUGAGAGACGUGGAUUCUAACCUAGAAGGCAAUUACGUCAUGAUAGGCGUGGCUUUUGCCACCGUUGGCACGUGCUAUACAUUGCUCGUGCCCAUAUUUGGACUGGUGUCCAGUAAAUUUAAUCGUAAUAAAUUACAGAUAAUCACAGGCCUUACUGUUGAAACCGUGGGUUUUGCUCUACUAGGACCCGCGGUCCCAUUUAACCUUUUAUAUCCUAAUGGCAAAGGGGCGUCGUGGAGCGUAUACCUAGGGGGCUGCACCGUCGGAAUUGGACUCGCUUGUAAUCAAGUGGCAGUUAUGGCAGAUCGCCUUUCAGAAGUCACAGCGGACGGCUUAUCAGAUGAUAUUACCACGUAUGGGAAUCUAUCAGCAUUAUUUGAAUCUUUUUUCGGGCUAGGGCUUUUCAUUGGGCCUUUAUUCGGAGGGCUCAUCUCCGACCACUUCCCUUUUAGUACGUUAUCCACCGUACUCUCGGUUCUCUGUCUGGUUGUAGCCAGCGUCAUGUUCGUAUACUGUGUGGUCGUGUAUGGGGUAUGUCGACGAAAAAAGCCGGAUCACAGUGCCGUUGAUACUGACAGACAGAUGUUGCUAAUUAGAGAUACUCCAAAACCCGUGAUAACCGAACAAUAUGUUCAGUCGAAGGAGUAGAGAGGCAGACAGUAGAUGCUCAGUUGGUUCUGUACACGAAAAAUUCGCCAGUAUUUCUACAGCGAGUCAAAGUAUAAUAGAUAUUACUACUUAAAAAUACACUGAAACCUGUGAUAGCAAAAUGAUAAUAUGUUCAGUCGAAUGAGAAAAAUAAUUGACCAGUUAGUUCUGUACACGGAAAACUCGCCAGUAUAACUAUCGGGAGUCUGAUUCUUACAUCUGACGUCCCACGUCUAUCACACCUUAACCCGUGUACUUGCCAUGAAAAGGUGAAAUGCAUCUUAAUGAUUCUCAAAGUCUGUUUUAACGACCGGGUAGAAUUCUACUCGGGCUUUACAAAUCUCACGCUGACCAGCAUGCACACCUAUUUGCAGACAUUAACAACCGAUCUUUACAACUCCUAAAAGCGAAAAGUACUGUUUCAUUAUGUUAUAAAGUGGUUGAAUAAAUUCUUAUUUUAUCUUAUG